UGAACGUGAGGUGUCGGUGGUUCUUUCCCAAACUUAUUGUUGAGUAAAUUGUUGAGGGGUAGAACUGAGCUGUGUGGGAACUCUGUGAGAAGUGGAAGAGUAAGAAUACUCUGUAAUAUUAGCAGCCCUAACAAUGUACUGGAUUAUUGUAAAAAGGCACAUAGAUGGAAUCAGGGAUGUCAUGAGAACCGAGACUUCGGAACCAAGUCGAUGCCACAAUUCUGAAAACGCGACGGUGCUAGUUUUUCUAGACUACUGCAAGUACCGGGGCAGGACUCGAGGUUAACAACAUCCUGAGUUUGAUAGAAAAUGUGUUGGUGUCGAACAGAGAUCUUCUCCGUUACGUCUUCGAGAUGAAAGGGAGAAGAAAGCAGAAGGUAGCCAAAGAUAGGGCGGGCAUGGCAAAGCUUCCAGACCUGAAGGACGCUGAGGCGGUGCAGAAGUUCUUCCUGGAGGAGAUCCAGCUGGGGGAGGAGCUGCUGGCUCAGGGAGACUAUGAGAAAGGUGUGGACCACCUGACCAACGCCAUCGCAGUGUGUGGUCAGCCUUAGCAGCUGCUGCAGGUGCUGCAGCAGACUCUGCCUCCGCCCGUCUUCCAGAUGCUGCUCACCAAACUGCCCAGCAUCAGCCAGCGUAUCGUGAGUGCACAGAGUCUGAGCGAGGACGAUAUAGAAUGAGAUGCUCGAGAGGAAACGACCCCCCCUCCUCCUCCUCCUCCUCCUCCUCCUCUUCCUCAUGUGGACCCCUCCUUCCAUGACGACCUGCCAACGCCUCGGCCUCCAUCACUCCGGCCGACGUCCAUCACUUACCAUCAAGGUGUCCUUUAGGGAAUUAGUUUUUUAUUCCUGGUUUAUCGAUGACAGUAGUUUGUUUUUUUACUUAAAUUACCCGUUUUGGGGUAUUUAGAGUUUCUUGAUCAUAACGGCCUGAGAAACACGAGAGCCCGCCCCCCCCCUUCCACCAUCAUUAGUUACGUACUGAUUAACUGGACGGGGGGUUAACAUGAAUCCGCUUCAGGGUGGUGUCGCACACACCCCAGGUGUACUGUCUGACAGGUCUGUUCAUUAUAUCAGUCGUAGAAAGUUAUGCUCUGCAAAGUAUUUAUUGUUUUCGUUAUCAGUCGUCUUUCUGUUCAGUCUCGACUCGGAAACACUUUUUAAAAAGUGAAGAAAUGUUUUGUUCUUUUUAAAGUGGACGACCCUCUUUAGGAAAGUACAAUAAAACAUGUGAACAAACGA